AUGGAUUCGCUUCUGGUUAACCCGCUAUCACACAUACCGCUUUUUUGUCAGCAAUCGAGUCGUCAAUCAACGGACAGUCGUUACCGGGACCCGGAGGAGGAAGAACCAAGUUGUACAAAGCUGAUGACUGAAUUACAGCAAGCUCUAACUGCGCCUCGCCCUACAGCCACUUUCGCUGGCGAUGCACCGGCAGAUGGCUUCCAGCAGACUGCCCUCAGGAAGACGCACUCUGAACCCACCUUCGCCGCGGCAGUGGCCUUGUCGACGACGCCUGCCUCUGUUCGGCCCAACUUUAUGGACCAUCCCACCCUGGACGCUGAUUACGAACAGGAACUGGCCAAACGGAGGCAACUCUGUGAGGAGGCAGCCGUCCUGCUUCUCAGUCAGCUAGACUCCUCUAGCCAUCUUUCAACGCCUGAUGACAGUCCUCUGAAGAGGCUUCUCGACGCUAGAGAUAGGUAG